AUGGCUCCAUCUCUCGUGCGCCCCCAGGGCCACCUGUCCCCGGCUGAGGCUCUGGAGCUCGCCCAGAAGGCCCCAACGAUUCUUCGAAAUAACCCGAAGGCGUUUUCUUCAUCGCCCCUGGUCUCACUGUUCUCGGCAUCCGAGACCCCGGAAAUAUGGAUCAUUUACGAAAACCUUCUGUUGGCCUGCCUUCGCACAGGCGACGGCCAAGCGGCACACCAAUGCCUGGAAAGGCUGGUCAUCAGAUUCGGAGACGACAACGAGCGCAUAAUGGCAUUCAAGGGACUCGUGAAGGAGGCGGAGGCCGACAACGACGGAGAACUGGUCCAAGUGCUCAAGGAGUACGAGACGAUCCUUGGACAGAAUGCCACAAACAUUCCGGUCGCCAAACGUCGUGUGGCGCUGCUCAAGUCAACAGGAAAGAUCUCAGAAGCUAUCAGCGCACUGAACUCGCUUCUCGACUUCUCGCCUACAGACGCGGAGGCCUGGGCGGAACUCGCAGACCUGUACCUCUCCCAGGGACUCUACUCACAAGCCAUUUUCGCGCUUGAGGAGGUCUUGGUGCUGACUCCGAAUGCAUGGAAUAUACAUGCCCGUAUGGGAGAGGUGUUGUACAUGGCCGCUUCAGCCUCGGACGGCUCUUCGCAGCAGCAACUAGCCGAAUCUGUCAAGAGGUUCGCCCGCAGCAUCGAACUAUGUGACGACUACCUACGGGGUUACUAUGGCUUGAAACUGGCAAUGCAAAAGCUCAAUGAGGUGGCUACGCAGAAGUUGGCCGAGAUUGUGCGCCGCAACAGCGCGAAGGACAGAUUAUGGCAAGGUUACGACGAAUCAGAAGUGGCAGCGGCGCGCGACCUGCUCUCCAAAGAGUCAGUUGAGCUCGUGAGAUGA